AUGCCAAUAAGAGAGAUGACUUCUAAUUUUAAGAGAGUGGUUGUGGCAGCAGGGUUUGAUACCCGGAAAAUGACACACCACUGUAACAGAACGGUAAGUAAAAUGCGGUAUAUUGAUGAUGUUCAGCAACAGCAGUUAGUUCUGAUAAGUGGAGUAUGCACGGACAUGCGGUUAGCACGAAUGUAGCGCACGUUAUCUAAUGUAAUCACUUACGCCACAAUUUACCUGUGCUUGUUCAUUGUUGUGCAUGUGGUUCUACUAAUUGGUAACGAGAGGUUGUUCCCUUGGUUCCACUCACGGAACAAAACCCAAACUGGGCAGAUCUUCUCUUCGUAUAACGGAGGACGGCGGUAAAAUAUCACAAAUAUCGACGGGAUCAACCCCGUCCCCAAGUCUUUUUGCAAUGAUUCCGGGAACAGAUAAAUAUCGGGGGGUCAUACUGUGCUGGAUAGCUUCUUGAGUCUGAGAAGGUUUUUUUUCUAAUGUUUGCUAUUGACACAAAAAGACUUUCCUCAAGCAUGCAGGCAUUUAACCACAGUCUCACCAACGUAUCCAUGAAUUCUCCUUAUUACAAGGAAUGGCAACCACCUUUAUCAUCAACAAAUGUAAGUCCAGUUUCGGCUGGACUGUGCUAAUCCCAGGGGACUCCUGUAUAAAAGUAAUCGGGAUGAUCAUCAAAUAAUUAUGUGCAAACCCGAAAACGUACCAGAAUCUUGUGUUAUGGGCGUGUCCUGUAUUCAUUUCCACCUUAAAGAGGUAUCAACUCCCCAAUAACAAAUGAUGUAACUGGCACUGUACAUUUUAAUACUAACAAUGACAAAUGUGAAACACUUUCUUUUCCAAGACUGUCAGAAGGUAUUGUCAUACAUCCUGGGCGAACACCUUAACUAGGGUCCUUGUGGCACUCAUUUAAGGUUUUAUCACCCUUAGCAGUAUCAACACAAAUAAAAACCUCUAAAGGGUACCACAAGGACUCCCCCACAAUCGUAUAGGGUAGUACCAUUCCCGGAGUGCUAAUGACCUCAGUAUCCUUGGGGAAGGAACUACUAUAGGAGAGAGGAGUUUGAAGACUUUAGAAUACUAGUGUAGGGUUGUAAACUUCAACUGACGGUUGCGGGGUACCAGCUAUACCAUCCUACCCAAAACGCCCCUCAAUUCGCCGCCCCUCGUUGAAGUUAAACUCAGAUCCUCUUUAUCGCUGUUGAACUUUGUAGCACUGAGAGAAAUCAAUGAAAACAAGCAAGAAGGAGCAUUGGGUAAGCUGAUUUAAUUUAUGUAAAAAUGAAUUUCUAGGUACAUGGAGAAUGAAUGCCAAAUUCGAAUGAAACGUUAAUAAAUCAUUUACUUGGAGUAAACCUUUUUAAUUAGGUAUGAGCAAAGCCUCUCUAAUGAGGAGACUUGCCACGGUGAUGAACCGUGCUGUGGCGCAGUUCGCCGCGGAAAAGAACGAGGCUGCCCACGACAGGCAAUGGGGAAAAAGCAUAGCGCCACAUCCUGACAAAGAGGUAAAUCAAUUGCACGCACUUUCUACUCUUCCCCAUGCAGUAAUGACGGUAUUAGUUUGACUGACCUUCCACUGAUUGGGGUAAGCCCUCAUCAUGUACGGCAGCUUGACAUAAACCAAUUAUAAAACUUUUUAUACCAAAGUAAUCAAUGAAGGCAUGACACAUAUAACCAAUCAAACAAUCUUCCAUAUACCAAUAAGUUGCAAUGUUAGGCAGAUGAGAUAACCACUACACAACGGGAACCUCCAUGCUGCGGAGGGUUGAAAUUAAAAUAUGUAAGAUAAAAGCAGAUUUAAAAAACGACUGCGAAUGCUCCAGGCUAGCAGCGUUGUUCAUUUAAUGUUCAUUUGAGCAACGAAAAGUGUGGUGGUCAACGGUCAUUCUUGGUGGUUGUUACUUCCCAGGAAAUAUUUGUUUGGUAGAUGGGAAAGGGAGACACAAAUUGUAAACAGUGUCAGUCAAGCGAAAUUCUCAGACAUACUGAAAGUAUUUAAUAAACUGUCCCAUACUAUAACAAAUUAGUGAACGUUAUAGAGGACUGUCAUGAUAUUGAAUCUCUACCUGCAAAUCCAUACUUUAUGCAUAUUUGCUUUUUUUGGCAGGAGUUUAAAGAGCCGUUGAACGUAUUAGAGUAUUUAGAGAGAAGAAAGCCUUCAGUGCAAGUGGACAAACUAAGCCUAAGGAGAUUUUCCCCCGCCGACUAUGCAAUGCCUCUCGAGGAGCCAGUGAGAUGCCCCUACGGUAGCUGCAAUUUUGAAACUUUGUCAGGUGAUGCCAUGUCUGCACACCAGCAAAGGACAAAACAUCCGGGAUGGCAGAGGUAUGGUGAGCGACCCAGUGAACGGUCCUGGGUCUGCCAGGCAAAAGGCUGCCAAUCUACUUUCCAUCAAUGGAACAGCCUCUACAAUCACAUGCUCGGGCACUCCCAACCUCUGUCAUGCCCGGAGUGCUCUUUCAGAACUGGAAGAGGCAAUCGCCUAAACGAGCACAUCAAGAAGGUACAUUCCGACAGCCAAAUCCCAAGUGGACAUUUUCUGAAGUAAGCAAACAGCCUAUUUCUUAAAUUCUAAAGAACUGUUUUCUUGAGCCUUUAUGUAUGUCACUGCAUUUUUGCUGACCCGUUUUAUUUUAGACACAUUUCAGGGUAAAACGUGACAGUUUUACCAACAAAUCAAUUCUCCUUAUUACAGGGAAUGGCAACCAUGUUCAUUGUUAAUGAAUGUGUCUCCAACAAUGGCAUCUUCCAGAGGGAUUCUGUGGCGACCCUUUGUAAUCUGGCCGGAUGGUCAGAAAAAUGUGGCACCUGGGCACUAUGUGUAAAAGACUUGUUUGAGCGCCAUCUGGAUGGCAAUGCCUUCCUAUAUCAGUAAGAUACAGUGUAAGUCUCUCAGAAAGUGUAUAACUGCCUUUGAUUAAAGAAUUAGAGUUGCUUUUGAGGGAAGAAAUCUUCCAGGGAAGCCUUCUGAAAUAGAAGAUGUCUCUAUUCUGUAAACUAGAAACACCAUUUACUCUAUUUAUAUUAAAUUUUGUAUUCUUGAAAUACAGCACUGGUGUCAAGUCGUUUUAUUUCCCUUUAUCUCCACAGCGACUUGCGAGACAGCGGUAAAACCAAAUAUUUAAAGAGGGAGAAAUCACACUGUAGACUUGUCGCACCAGAGAAAAAUUUGGUCACCCAAGAAGACUGCGAUAAGGUGGCUAGUUUUUAAGAAUAUCUGGACAGAUACGAGGACCAGACACUGGGCUGCAGCAUUGCCGAUGCCAAAAGAGGUGGGUUAUAUCGUGUACGUCCUUGUUAAGUAGCUUGAAAAUGUUUCUCGCUUGCAUAGUUUAUCACAGUUCAUAGAGAUAGCAGCUUCUUGCGGUUUCGCUCCAUUACACUGACUCACAAAAUCACAACAAAUGCCACCCAGCCUACAUGUAUGUUUCAAGUUGUCUAACAUGUUGACAUGUAGCAUGAUAAUGAGUUGCUUGAUUAAGUUAAAACCCCAGGGGGUACUACUAUAUAGGGCUGUGUGCUGCUAUAGAGGGUAUGGUUUCAAGCAGGUUCCUCUGGGAUAAGGUGCUUAAAUCAGAGAGUUUGCCUUGGGUUUAGGAUAGGGUAUCACGUUCUUGGAAACAGGUAAACUGGUUAGAGAUUUCAGUCUAGACAAGGGAAACUGGAAUGUGGCUGUGCGCGACACUAGCCUGGCUGUAGGUUGGUGUAUGUGUGCCCCUUGCUCUGAGUUUGCACCAUUUUCAAGGUAAUUUUCGCUUAUGCAGUCGAAUUAAGUUCAAUCUAUUUUUCAUCAAUUACUGUAUUUCAUGUUAUUUCUAAACAAAUUCAACAGCCCGCGCGUAUAGGUAAAAUCUUUGCUCAUUGGCACUUAGCGAUAGCUAUAACUAGUACAUACUAAAAGGGACAUAAAUUAAUGCUGUCGUUAUGUUUUUUUAAGACAGAAGAUACCGGUUUUGUUUAAGUUAGUUAAAUAAUAAUUAUGUCUAAUGAAUUCCACUAGUGUGUUAAGGUAUAGUAAUGUGUUUGUUGCUUUCCCUAAUUUUCGCUGUGCGAAAACAAUCUCAGUCCUCAGAGGAGUAAAGCACAGCUAAAAAAGUUAUAACAGUUACAAUAACAGUGUUUAACAUUUAAUCACACAAUUUGCAAUUCUAAUAUUGUAGAAUGAAAUACUAAUCAGAGAAAUGACGUCCAAUUUUAAAAGACUUGUUAUGGAGGCUGGAUUCGACCUCUGGAAAAUGACAGAUCACUGCAACCGAUCCGUAAGUGGAAUGUUGUCUAUCGAUAACGUUCACCAGCAGCAGAACGAUUAGUUGUCAUAAGUCGGCAAGGUGCAGACAUGACAGUACUCGCCUACAAUGUGCACUUGGUUCCCUACUUUACUAAGAGAGGUUUUUCCCCGGGUACUCCCUCUUCCCCUUCCCUUCUGAAGCUGACAUUUCCAGAGUCCAAUUUGGGCUGCAGACAGUUUUUGCACCGGUAAGAUAGCCUGCAAGCAAGCUCUCCUGGGACCCGGAAGAGUUUGCUUGCAGGCUACUGCACGAAAGCCACACUGGGUAGGUCUUCUGUUCACAUAUUACAGUGGUGGUAUUGGCACAAUUUCUAAAGUGAACCAAAUAUCGAUCAGAUCAGCCUCUUCCUCAGGGGUUUUAAAAGCCUCCAAGACGAGUUUGAUAUUGGAGAGGUGUUCAUACCCUACUGGAUAGCUUUUUGUGUCUAACUGGAUGUGCCACUUCUUAGACAUCAGUAAUUUUUGUCUGUGCAGAUAUUUAUAUCCUUUUACUUUGUUAUUGACCAAAAAAGAAUUUCCUCAAAUAAUGCAGAAUCUGCUGUCGGCAUUUAAUCUCAGUUUUACAAACAUAUCAAUUAUCUUUUAUUUUAGGGAAGGGCAACGACAUUCAUAAUAAACGAAUGCAUCCAAAACAAUGGGGUCUUCCCCAGAGAAUCUGUUGCCACCCUGUGCCAACUGGCUGGCCGGUCAGAGAAAUCCAGCACAUGGGCCUUGUAAAUCAAGGAUAUGUUCGAACGCCAUCUCAAUAGAAACGCUUUCCUUUAUCG